AUGACAGCAACAGAGAAUAGCCUCACUGAAGAACUCUGUGAGUUGAAGGAGCAACUCAGGCUACUGCAGGUGGCACCGCUGACGGAACAAGCAACUUACUCGCAACAGCACGUACAAGUGAACAUUCCGAAAUUUAACAAGGCAAAUCCAGACCUUUGGUUCGCACAAUCGGAACGUCUAUUUACUUUGAACAAUGUCGUGGCAGAUGGUCGUAAGUUCGACUUAGUGUCGGUGCUUCUUGAGGCUGACAUUGCCCGUGCCGUCGAAGAUCUACUAUUAAAGCCACCUAAAAGCGACAAAUACAACGCAUUGAAGCAAAGAUUACUUGAUAAAUUCGCGGAGUCAAACGACUCUAAACUCAGAAGACUAUUGCAUGGCGGCGACAUGACGGGUAAAAAGCCUACAGAAAUUUUAGCACAUAUGCGUCGUCUAGCUCCGUCUACAGGCUGUGAAAGUAUUUUACGUACGUUGUUUAUAGCUGAGCUACCUAAAAACAUACGUCCGCUCAUAUCUGUAUGGGAGGAUAAAGAUCUAGAUAAAUUGGCAAAAAUGGCAGAUAAAAUUCUGGAAACCAGUGAUACGGACUCUGCAUAUGCAAUGUCAGCAGUAGUGUCACUGCCGGAGCAGAAAAGGCAAGAGGUAGAUGCAAUAAACAGCAAAAAACUCGACGUAAUAGAUGUUGCGUUAACACUGCGCUCACUCUCUGAGAAAGUCGACAAGCUAAGUGAGGAGGUGCGUUACUGCAGAAAGAGUACAUUUUCUCGUUCACAGAAUGGGAAUGAGGGAAGUGACAAGAAGUCACUUUGUUAUUAUCACACCAAGUUCGGCGAUAAUGCACGUAAAUGCCAACCAAAUUGUAAGUGUUUCCAACAGUUAAACUAA